AUCAGCAGCUCUCCGGAGCUCCAAGGAGUAACACGCAUCCUCCAAGCGUUGAAGUCUCUCACAACGGUGAAACUGUCCUACGAAAAAACCAACUACAUCAGUGGGGACGGCAGAUAAGAUGCGGCGCACGAGACACGUCGCGCUGCCAGUAAAGGCUUGGGAGUAUAUCGGUCUUCUGAUAGUCUCCCUAGCUUGUCUAACUUUAGGGUUGAUCUCCAGAGACAAGGAAGGCCAUGCUGGAAGCCUGGCAGGACCGGAACUGAAACACCAAGCUCCUCAUGAGGUCGACGCCUGUCCAAACUUGAACCCCUUCACCACGGUGCCUUCCUACUCCACCCUCGACGAUCAGACCACAGCGCCAAGGAUAUCGGUAGAGACUGCAGCGAGCAGAGUUAGUCUUCUACCGGAUACUCCGAGGUCUUCCCGAUCAAGGAGCUUAGAUCGCAGUUCCCAGUCGCGACUACGAUCAAGAAUAGACUCCAGGAUCGCGAGUAGACUGAUCGAUCGAGAAGCAACCGAUUCCAGGCUCGGGACCAGAAGUCAAGAAUCCAUGCGACGUUCAACCGAUUCCAACCGACUUUCUAGAUCCUCGAACCUGGCUCGUUCCACCGCUCGAUCUCUGGACCGCAGAUCUCGCAGCGCCGAACGAAGAUCGGUUGUCGACCAACGAGAAAACCGAGAGGCUCUUGCGCGCAGGAUUUCGGAACGGGAACGUUCGAACGAUCGACUCGAUGCUAGAGAUCGUAGAUCCGACUCCAGGGAACGACGAAGACUUCAAGAACGCAGGACUCGAUCGUUGGAUCGCCGGGAACUGGAUUUCGAACGUCGAGUUAAUCUGAAACGAGAGGUCAUUCGCGAAGAUCGGCGAAGGAACUUGGUAAAUCGCGCGGACAGACGCAACGAAGACCGUAGAUCAUCUGCUCGAUCGCUGAGGAAUGUGUAUCAAGUUCGAUCGGCUUCCGAAGAAGAUCGCCGAGAUGUUCGAUCGAUUUUGGACGAAAGACGAAAUCCUGCUGCUUCGAGAGACGAGGAUAGACGAUCUGCUCGAAGGAUCGACGUUUCUAAGUCUUCCGACUCUCGGUCUCGCGCUUUGGACAGGACUACGAGAAACUCCCGCAUCGAUAAACAAUAUUCUCGAUCACUGGAUCACCAGAGCUCGCACAUGGAAAAUGAUGAUUCUAGUAGAAGGCUGCUGAAAAGAUCGAUAAGCUUGGAAGAACGUCGUGAAAGGAAUGCGCUGGAUUCUCGAGAACGACUCGACCGCAGAUCUACCGAUUCUCGACGCGAAAGGAUUGACCGUUCUCUGAGGACCACUGGCUCUUGCAACCGUUUGCAGUCAUCGACGAGACGAUUGGAUUCUAGAUUGGAUACUGAUCGCAACUCUGUGAGAUCGGAGAGACGAGAAGGAAGUGAACGAAGGGAGAGGAUCGGUAGAUUGGAUCGUAGAGUGGAUUCUAGAUCAGAUGACAGGCGAGAAUCUUCUAUGGCAAGGUCAUUGGAACAAUCUAGGAUGGAUAACUUGGAACGUAGAGAGAGGAUGAACCGAUUUUCCAGAGCACGUUUGGCUAGGUCUUCUGAAAACGUUAAGCGUGACUUGGAUCGACGUGUUAGGAAUCUAUCGGCUGAUCGACGAUCUGAACGCAGAGAAAUUGUUGCUUCGAGGACCCUUCGACAAGAUAUUAGGACUGACCGAUCUAGGAUAAACGGUUUGGAACGCCGAGAAGAACCCAGACGAUUGAUGCUAGCACGACAACCAAGGAUUGAUUCAUCGAGGACACCUGAAGCUACUAGACGUGAUUCAGAGCGACGUGUUAGGGAUCUAUCCGCUGAUCGACGAUCUGAUCGCAAGGUAACUGUGGAAUCCAGGGCUCUUGAACGUCAAAAUCGCGAUGAAAUUAGGACUGAUAGAUCUAGGAUAAACAAUUUGGAACGCCGAGAAGAACCCAGACGAUCGACAGUAGCCCGCCAAGCAAGGAUUGACAUCUCUAGAACACCUGAAGCUUCUAAACGUGAUUUGGAACGACGUGUUAGGGAUCUAUCCAGUGACCGACGAACUGAACGCAGAGAAAUUGUUGAUUCCAGGGCUCUUGAACGUGAAAAUCGCCAUGAAAUAAGGACUGAUAGAUCUAGGAUGAACAAUUUGGAACGGCGAGAAAAAUCCAGACGAUUGGUGGUAGGUCGGCAAGCAAGGAUUGACACCUCUAGGACACCUGAAGCUUCUAAACGUGACUUGGAGCGACGUGUUGGGGAUCUAUCCGCUGAUCGACGAUCUGAUCGCAGGGUAACUGUGGAAUCCAGGGCUCUUGACCGUCAAAAUCGCGAUGAAGUUAGGACUGAUAGAUCCAGGAUGAACAAUUUGGAACGCCGAGAAUCCAGAAGAUCAGUGGUAGCUCGCCAAGCAAGGAUUGAUACCUCUAGGACACCUGAAGCUUCUAAACGCCAUUUGGAACGACGUGUUAGGGACCUGUCCAACGACCGACGAUCUGAACGUAGAGAAAUUGUUGCUUCCCCAACCCUUCGUCAAGACAUUAGAAUUGACCGAUCUAGGACAAACAGUUUGGAACGCCGAGAAGAAUCCAGACGAUUGACAGUAGCCCGCCAAUCAAGGAUUGACACCUCUAGGACACCUGAAAAUUCGAGACGCGACUUGGAACGACGUGUUAGGGACCUAUCCAACGACCGACGAUCUGAACGUAGAGAAAUUGUUGCUUCACCAACCCUUCGUCAAGACAUUAGGACUGACCGAUCUAGGACAAACAGUUUGGAACGCCGAGAAGAACCUAGACGAUUGAUGCUAGCACGACAAGCAAGGAUUGAUACCUCUAGGACACCUGAAGCUUCUAAACGCCACUUGGAACGACGUGUUAGGGACCUAUCCAACGACCGACGAUCUGAACGCAGAGAAAUUCUUGCUUCUAGGGCCCUUCGCCAAGAUAUUAAAACUGACCGAUCUAGAAUCAACAGUUUGGAACGCCGAGAAGAACCCAGACGAUUGACAAUAGCCCGCCAAGCAAGAAUUGAUUCUUCGAGGACACCUGAAGCUUCUAGACGCGACUCAGAGCGACGUGUUAGGGAUCUAUCCAGUGACAGACGAUCUGAACGCAGGGAAAUUCUUGCUUCCAGGGGUCUUCGCCAAGAGAUUAGGACUGACCGAUCUAGAAUCAAUAAUUUGGAACGCCGAGAAGAACCCAGACGACUGGUUUUAACUCGCCAAGCAAGGAUUGAUAUCUCUAGGACACCUGAAAAUUCGAGACGCGACUUGGAACGACGUGUUAGGGACCUAUCGGCUGAUCGACGAUCUGAACGCAGGGAAAUUCUUGCUUCCAGGGCCCUUCGCCAAGAUAUUAGGACUGACCGAUCUAGAAUCAACAAUUUGGAACGCCGAGAAGAACCCAGACGAUUGACAGUAGCCCGCCAAGCAAGGAUUGACACCUCUAGGACACCUGAAAAAUCGAGACACGACUUGGAACGACGUGUUAGGGACCUAUCGACUGAUCGACGAUCUGAACGCAGGGAAAUUCUUGCUUCUAGGGCCCUUCGCCAAGACAUUAGGACUGACCGAUCUAGAAUCAACAAUUUGGAACGCCGAGAAGAACCCAGACGAUUGACAGUAGCCCGCCAAGCAAGGAUUGACAUCUCUAGGACACCUGAAAAUUCGAGAUACGACUUGGAACGACGUGUUAGGGACCUAUCGGCUGAUCGACGAUCCGAACGCCGUGAAGUGAUCGAUUCCAGGAGAUCUUCUGAAAGGAAAUCAAAUGACAAUAACUUAAACCGCAGGGAAAUCAAAACUGGCAGAAGAUUGGAACGUCGAUCACUUGCGAACUCAAGAACAUUCUCCAGAUCUCUUAACUCCCUUGAUCGCCGAGAAGCUAAUACCGAUCGUCGUUUGCAAGAACGUUCUACACUUAACAUAGAGCGACGAGAAAGAUCGAAUCCACUGAACUUAGCCCGCGAAUCACGUGUUCCUUCCACCAGGUUGUCUGAAGCUUCUGAACGCAACUCUGAUCGACGUAUUAGGUAUCUCUCCAGCGAUCGUAAAUCUGAACGUCGAGCAACUGUAGAUUUUAGAAGAGUUUCUAGAUCUUUGGAGUCUGCAAAUCGCGAGGAAAUCAGAAACGACCGCCGUCUCUCAGAAAUAUCCGAGCGAAACUUAGACUCUAGACGACACCUGCAACGAAGAAUCAAUGUUGAUCGAUCGCAGCGCACUAACGAUCUUUCCAACGACAUUCAACGGAGACAAAGACUGAUAUCUUCUAGAAAAUCCUUGAACGAUAUCACACGAUCUCGCCUGUUAGAUCUGAACAUCCACGAAUCAAGGAAACACUUGAUGGACUCUCUUCGGCAACUUCUUAAAUCCUCCCAUGACCUUAGAACCUCUGACAGACUGUCAGACCGUUUCGAUGGCACUUCCUCUAGGUUAAAAAUGUCAAAUGGUCUAAGCGUCCUGAAAGGAUAUUUCAUGAACAACGACACGACACUCGAAAUUCUACGCCAGGCAAUUGUAAUCGGUCUUUGUGCUAUCUACGGACUAUCCAUCUUCCAUGGAAAACAAUCCCUUAUUAGCAAUAUCGGGAGACCAAUCCCACGCUUCAUUCUAUGGUAAACGAGUCCACUCUUCAUGGGGAAACAACGAUCCGUUACUUCCAGCAUCCGCUUCUAGUCGUUGUUCUAGUGUAAUAAUAGUUCCAAGUGUUGUACUUGCAGUUGUCUUGAAUCUGUAUAUUAAUGUACAGCUACUGUAUUCGACGUAGACAGAAAUGUAUCGCCUGUACCUAGAAAAAUAUAUUUUGCCUCAAUAAAUUGU